AUGGAAGUGCUUGUGAAGUGGGAGGAGAAAACAAUGGGGGUAGUUGGUGAGAGAGAAGGUAGAUGGGUUAUGGGUAUGGGUGUUUUUUGUUGUAGUACUAGUGACCCCAUAACUAAUUACAAGCCUCAAGUCGCUUUACCUUGUUCAAUUGAGCUUCACAUCUCAAGUAACCUCUUUAAAUAUGCAAUUCCUCAAUUGGGUUUGUUUGUGUUUACCAAAUACAUGAGUGAGACUUUGGAACUCAUUAUGAAGAUGACAACAUAA